AUCAACCCUGACCUUAGACCGGGUAAUGUUAGCGCUGCUAUCGGGAACAUUUAGCUGUUAGCUUCGACCAGAUGGAGAUGUCUACUUGCUGGAGAACGAGCUAUGUUACCUGAGUGCUAACUUUAGGUUGAAUUAUGUUUGAAGUUGGCUGUGUUCAAGCAGAUCUCUGUCAAGGAGGUCAAAAUCAAUACGGGGGAUGGACGAGCAGAAAUCAAACUGCGAAGAAAAUGACUCUGAACCAACAGCUGAUGACAAUGCCCCUUCGAAGCAGUUUGUAUCAUCUGAGGAGGAGUCCAAAGCCCUUCCUGCUACUGAAGACCUGUCUGGUGCUACAGCAGCCUCGUCUAGCACACCUGUUGAGAGCGUUCGAGCCUGUGCGCUUUGCAACUGUGUGGAGCGGAGCCUGCAUGGACAGCGGGAACUGAGACACUUUGGGCCAUCUUCUGAGCGGACGAUCCUCAAGCCAUUAGCUCCCCCACUGCCACAGCCCGGGAAUGAUGACCUGUCUUCCAUUGGAUUUUCCGAUUCCCCAUGUCUGGCAUCAUUCUUUGACGACUCAGGGGGUUGUUUGGUUCAUCACUGGUGUGCGGCGUGGUCGGAGGGAGUUAAACGGAUGGAGAAUGAGGAGCUGGAGAACGUGGAUAAGGCCGUUAUCUCAGGGACACAGCGGCUUUGCGAAUACUGCAAAAGACUGGGUGCAACCAUUCAAUGCCAUGCUGAGGGCUGCUCGCGGUUCUACCACUUCCCCUGCUCGGCAGCCAGUGGAUCCUUCCAGUCCAUGAAGCAGUUGGUCCUCCUUUGUCCAGAGCACAUAGACAAGGCAGAGGAGUUGGCAGGUGAGGAGUCUUGGUGUGCAGUGUGUGACUCAGCAGGGGAGCUCACAGACUUGCUGUUCUGUACGGGUUGUGGCCAACAUUAUCAUGCGGCCUGUCUGGAGAUUGGUGCCACGCCCAUCCAGCGGGCAGGAUGGCAGUGCCCAGAGUGUAAAGUGUGCCAGACUUGCAGACAACCAGGAGAAGACUCCAAAAUGUUGGUAUGCGAUGCCUGUGAUAAGGGCUACCACACCUUCUGUCUCCAACCAGCCAUGGAUUCUCUUCCCUCUGACCCAUGGAAAUGCAGAAGAUGUCGCAUAUGUACGGAGUGUGGUGUCCAUGGACUAGGGCUGCCCGGAUCGGCCCAGUGGUUCGACAACUACACCGUGUGCGAUGGCUGCCAGCGUCACCGCAGCUCUGUGUGUGGAGUAUGCAGCAAAACUGCCAACCCAUCUGUCACUCUGCAAUGCUGCAGCAUGUGCCGCAGAUGGGUGCACAGUGAGUGUGCUUUACCGGAGGAGCUUCCUGAAGCCAAGUGCAUUUGCCGGCUUUGCAAGGAGGAACAUCAGCAGCCUGUCAUUAAACCAUACACAGCAGAGAUGCAAACCAGAGAGGCGUCUGAGGAGACUGAAGGACACAUGGAUUUGGUGGAGAUGACAAUCCAAACAGAUGCAAACCUGGUGACAGAAAGGCACAAAGACUUAUCAGAGCUGACACCAGGAGACAGAGGCACAUCCGAGAUGGGUCAGGAUGAAGCCACAACUGAUAAAGAGACACCCAUGGACUUAGGGGUGGAGUCUGCGGUUGUUGAGACAACAGUCAUUGGAGAGAAAAUCAUGCAGGACGAGCCGCAGGUAGCAACAGAAGGAUUGACUUCUGAGGCGCUCGCUGCUCCACUUGAGUCCACAGAAUGUGCAACAAAAGAACAGAGGGCCUCUUGUCUACCUGCUGAUGAAGAGAGAGCAGAAGAGGCGGUCAGCCAGGUGACUCAAGCCACCCCCUCCCAGGACCCCACAGGAGAGACGGAGGCUGACAACCCUAAAGAAGAACCAACACUGGUGUCACAGCAGGCUCCUGAAAAUAUGGAGGUGGAGGAGGAGAAGCUAGAGGCCACUCCAUCAGUGGAACAAGAAGUAUCAUCAGAGUUAUUAAGCAAUGACUCUGAUGGCACUCCUAUCACAGAACCAUUCAGUAAGGAUCCACCAAAGUUACCAGCUUCUCCUGCCUCUGUGGACAAAACGGAGCAUUUGCCCAUGGAUAAUAGGCAGGAAAGAAGUCCAUGCCAGGACCCCCAAUCUCCUUCUCCUCUUUCCUUAUCAGUAGACACACAAGAGGCCCUCCUCUCUUCUAUGGAAAUGGAGGGGAGGUUACUAACUCACUCUGAGGAGGAGGAGGAUGAUGAAGAGUAUGAUGAGCAAAUGAAAGGUGAAGGACUGAAUGAGGACAUAAAACAGGAACCACAGGAGCAAGACUGUAAGCCGGACUCUCUGCUGGAUGACAUGUCCUACUUGAGCCAUGGAGAUGAGAGCAGCAGUGGCUUUCUGGGCUCUCCAGGAGAACCAGAUGCUCAGCUCUCCAUGGAGCUUGGCCUUGUACCUGCUGGCCGCUCACACACAGAUAACCUGCUUACUGAGACUGAUGACUCGCUUCCCUUCGAACCCCUCAGAAGCGACAGAGAGAAGGCGAAACGCAGAGGAUCCCCAGGCCGCUCACGGGUCAAACAGGGGCGAAGCAAUAGUUUUCCUGGGAAGCGUCGACCUCGAGGAGGUGGUGGAGGGAGAGGGCGUGGUGGGAGGUCACGCCUCAAAGCCAUGGCCUCCUGCAUUGAUGCUUUCUUGCUAAGCAUGACCACAGACACUGGAAUAAGUAAAGAGGAAGAAGAGGAGGAAGAUGACACCAUGCAGAACACAGUUGUUCUUUUCUCCAACACUGAUAAAUUUGUCCUGCUUCAGGACAUGUGUGUCGUGUGUGGCAGUUUUGGAAAGGGUGCGGAGGGGCAGUUGUUGGCUUGUGCUCAGUGUGCCCAGUGUUACCAUCCUUACUGUGUGAACAGCAAAAUCACCAAGACGAUGCUCCGUAAGGGUUGGCGCUGUUUGGAAUGUAUUGUGUGUGAGAUGUGUGGAAAGGCUUCGGAUCCCUCCCGUCUGCUGCUAUGUGAUGACUGUGAUGUCAGCUAUCACACCUACUGCUUGGACCCGCCCCUGCACAAUGUUCCCAAGGGUGGUUGGAAGUGCAAAUGGUGUGUGUGCUGUGUGCAGUGUGGUUCCAACACCCCGGGUUUCCACUGUGAGUGGCAGAACAACUACACCCACUGUGGCCCCUGUGCCAGCCUCGUCACUUGUCCAGUAUGCAGAGAGAACUUCAUGGAGGAGGAGCUGCUGCUGCAGUGUCAGUACUGCGAUCGAUGGGUCCAUGCUGUCUGUGAGAGUUUGUACACAGAGGAUGAGGUGGAACAAGCUUCUGAUGAGGGCUUUGCAUGCACAUCCUGCAGCGCAUAUGUUCCAAAACCCGUGGUAGAGUCAGCCAUUAUGGCUUCAAUAAAGAUCAAAGAGCCAGAACCCCAGUUCUACCGGUUGGAGGGUGUGUGGUUGACAGAGUCGGGUAUGUCCCUGCUUCGCAGCAUCUCUAUGUCUCCUCUACACAAGAGACGGCAGCGUCGUUCCCGGCUCGGCACUCUGUGUUGUGAAGGAGGCCCUGAUGGAAUGGAUCUGAGGGAGGUCGAAGAAGGGGAGGAUGGAAAAGGCUGUGGGGAGCCCAUGGAGUGUGAAUCCAAGAUGGAGAACCCUGGGAGCCCUGACAGAGAAGGAGGGGCAGAGGGAGGCGCUGAAGGCAUGGCUGACUGCGAGGGUCUCAAAGGAGGAGCAGAGGAGACUGAUGAUAGCAAAAAAAGAAAGCGGAAACCUUACAGGCCUGGAAUUGGAGGCUUCAUGGUGCGACAAAGGAAGUGUCACACACGGAUGAAGAAAGAAUUUUUUGCCCAGUUGGCUGGAGAGACUACAUUAGAUGGACAGCCAAUUGAGAGAUCCAUUGACGAAGGACCUCAUCCUGACACAGAUAACAUAAUGGAUCCUAAACCAGUGGAGGGCGAGGAACAGGCCAAGAAACGUCGAGGACGGAAGAAGAGCAAACUUGAGGACAUGUUCCCAGCUUAUCUCCAGGAGGCUUUCUUUGGGAAGACGCUAAUAGACCUGAGUAAGAAAGCUGUGAUGAUACCUCCGGGGCAGAGGCCAGGCGCAUGCCUUGUCCGACCUUCAUUACCAGCACUGCCAGGGGUCAAAACUACUGCCCCAGAGGCUGAGGAUCGUGUGGUGAAGGAUCAUUUUUUUCUCAAGCAAGAAGCAGUUGACUGUCCCUCCGCUCAGGGAGAAGGUGCAGGUUUUGCACCAUCCUCAUCGCUGAAGGACCAGGUGUCAACUGAUCCUCAUGACUCUGAUGCAGAAAAAACUGAAGGUCUUCCGCAAGGGGUGGAGAGUCAGGACUCUGAGCAGUUCUUCAGAAAGGUUCUGGGAGUGUCAGACGGCUCCUCUUUGGGGGGCAUGAAGCCCAUCUUGGAGGGCAGUAAGGGAGAACUCAAUCGUAGCGCUCUGCCGCAGAGAGCUCUCCUCUCAGGGUCCCUGCCCUCAGCUGGAAUGAUGGAUGCCUUUCCUGGCCUCUCUCAGUCACCGUUCUUUGAUAUACGGGAGCGAGGAGGACUCUUCAGUCCAGAUGGAAGUGAGGAGAGCCCAUGGGCCAAUCCCUCGAACCCAGCAACUCCUUCCUCCCCACCGACACCCACUGAGGCAGAGGGUGAUGGGCUGUCCUACAACCAGCGCAGUCUCCAACGCUGGGAGAAAGAUGAGGAGCUGAGAGAACUCUCAACCAUUUCCCCUGUGCUUUAUGCCAACACCAACUUUCCCACUCUCAAACAGGACUACCCAGACUGGGCUAAUCGCUGUAAGCAAAUCAUGAAGGUCUGGAGGAAGGUGUCGGCAGCUGACAAGGUUCCAUAUCUGCAAAAGGCCAAAGAUAACCGAGCAGCUCAGAGGAUCAACAAGGCACAGAAGCAGGCAGAGAGUCAGGUGUGCAGGCCAGUCAAGACGGAGGGAGUGCGUGUGAAGACAGAACGGCCCAGUUUACACCUCCAGAUCCCUCCACCUUCAGGCUCUACGUCAAUCUCUUCCCAGCCCAGCUCUGCAGAAAGCCCAUUUCCCUUCCCUCCAGAUUCAGGAUCAUCCUCUGUCUUUUUCUCAGAUGGGCCUGUUAGGACCCCCGGGUCAGCUGAAAUACGGACAGAUCCCUUGGCCAAGCUUCCUCCUCAGUCACCCCAUUCUCAUUCUCACCCAACCACACCUUUCUCCCAUGCUGGGGCCAGCCCCUUACAGGCCUCUUCCUCAGGUUAUUCCACUUCCGGCCCACAGGGUCCUCCUCAGGGACGGCCAGCCAGUCUUGGCCCCUUUGACAUGCAACCAGGAACUCCUGGAACCCCCAGACGGGCUCAGCAGGUUGACCCCUACUUCAGAUCACAGCUGCAGCAGCAACAGGGUCAUCUACCACAAUCACAGCAGGGCUCCCAGGAGUCCCUCGGACAUCCAGAAAGUCCUCAUUCAAGAGGCGCAGGGCUUGGGGAGUCGCCCAUAUUCUCGCCACCCCACAAUACCCACUAUGGAGACCCUUUUAGAAUCCAGCAAGGGAUGGGACGGCCAGAAUAUGGUUUAUCCCCUUCACCCUCCGCAGUGGCUUCCUCACCUGCAAGCACAGGGCAGUACAGGGCUGAUAUGAGUGCACCUUCUCCACGCUCCUCUGCAGUUGGAAGACCUGAUCUAUCUACUGGCUCUCCUGCUGGGAUGCUGGAGUGUGGGGAUGGUUUAUUUAAGGCACCUAUGACUCCACGAAUGCACCAAGGUGAGGCGCAUCCUGGAGCAUCCCCAGGUCACCCCUCUGAAGGCUACAGGCAGUCUCCCUCCCACCCUUUCUCUGACCCCCACGCUCUGUCACCACUGACUCCCAGGCCACAGUCAGGCGACAAUUGUUCUCUUGGACCCCAGAGACACCCUGUAGCUCAACAGGAACUUUGCCCUCGAGUGCCCUCCAGCCCAAAUUCCCAGGGAAGCUCUCAGUCUCCCCACACUCCUGGAGGCCUCUCCAAUGAUGCUUACUCUGUCCAUUCUCCUGCUACGCCUCGUUUCCAAUCCUCAGACCCUUGUUCUCAGCCACCUUCAAGGCCACAAUCUAGAGACCCUUUUGCUACUAUCCACAAACCCCCCCGUCCCCCCUCUGUUGCACCGGAGGGAACAGCAAGUUACAAAAGCUCACCUCAUCCUAACCAGACGCCUCCACCACAUCCCACCAACAGUUCCAUAGGGGACCCUCUCUCUGGUAAACCGUCAGCACCUCUUACUUUUAGCCGCAGCCCCAACACGGGAGGCUUCCAAAUGACCCAACAGCAGAGUCAGAUGUUACAGGGUCAGCUUCAGCAACAACAGCCACAAACUCAACAGACUAUGGGGGCAGACGUCUUCAGCUCCAGGGUGCCACCUCUUUCUGGAUCUCACAAACUGCAAGCUGUUCGGCCUCCAGACGCACCUCAUCAGCCAGCUUUGCCAGGCACUCAAGAAAUGCCCGAAAUUUCAGCAGUGCAGGACCCUGCCUUAGUAGGCCUUAGCCCCUCUGAGCUGGAGAAACACCAACAGCGACUGAGACUACGGGAAUUCUUAAUCAGACAAAAAAUGCAGAGAAAUACCAUUAGACAAGAGAAGGAGGCUGCUGCAGCUGCUGCUGCUGGCAGUGCAUCCCCUGGCUGGUCUGGAGGAGAGAUGGGAGUCUUUACACAAGACAAGGCCCACAGAGCACCACCACCUUAUCCACAGGAUCGUGUUGCUGGCACUACUCCUGGACCUCAGGCUUCUGUGGCAGCAAAGAUGCCCAUGGCUGUUGGAGGCAUGGCGGACAAGCUCAUUCGCCCACCACCUUUAGGAACCCCUGCCAUUAUGGAUACUAGUGCACUAAGGCCACCAGGGCCCACCAGACCUCAGGGCAUGUUUGUCCGUCCACCAUUCCCUCCUCAGUGGCAGGGCCAGGCUCCAGGUCCAAGGAGGUUCCCCCAGCCUGGCAUAGAGGCUAUGGGCAUAAGGCACAAUCUCAACCCUAAUGUCAACAUCCAGGGUAUGGAAGGCAUGAGUAACCCUCACACCAUGAUACCAGGACAUGGAGGAGAGACCAUGCAGCCAAUGGGUCAAGGACCCCCACCACAGUUCAUUGAAUUGAGACACAACUCACAGAGACUACCUUUACGACCUCAGUUUAUGCCCCGUGGACCCCAGCCCAGACAACGUCUCUUUGUCCCGCAGCAAGAUAUGGCAGCACCUUUUGUGCAGCAACAUCCCAUAGGUCAAGCUGGUGGUAUUCAAACGGAGGGGGUCAGCAACUCGCAUCUUAGGUUACAGCAGGGUGGGCUGUCAGUUUUACUGCCUCAGCAGUCUACAGGCCCAGUAACACACCAGCCCCACCUGCAGCCCCCGGCAGCUGCUUCCACUCCAAACAUUCCAAGCACUGAGCAGCAUCAUCUUCGACAACCAAGCCUAGUCACACAGCACCAGUCUGCCACGGCAGUAAAUAGUGAGGAGCUGCCAGAGCCUGACCUUGAGGGGCUUGGGGAUGCCCCAGGGGAUGGAGGUGUGGAGGAUGAGGACGAUUUGGCUCUAGACUUGGACCCCGACAAAGGAGAUGAUGACUUGGGCAACCUCGACAACCUUGAGACCAAUGAUCCACAUCUAGACGACCUGCUUAACAGUGAUGAGUUUGACCUGCUGGCUUACACUGACCCUGAACUGGACCAAGGAGACCCUAAAGAUGUCUUCUCAGACCAGCUGCGGUUGGUGGAAGCAGAAAGUGAAGCGCCUUUAUCUUCCUCUGGAUCUGCACUUGUUAAAGUGGAAGGAAAAACAAAAGCGGAGCCAGGGCAGAAGUGUCUCACAACAGCUGCUUCCACUGCAAGAGGGUCUGCUACCCAACUGCCACCCUCUGCAGAAACUGUUGAUACCUCCAAGAUCAAAAUAGAAGACAGAGGUCUGACUCUGCUGCAUCCAGGACAGACUGUGGUGAAAGAUGAAAUUGGAGAGGCUGUGUCAAUGCUUCUUGGUGGGAGCACACCAUCUUCCAAGCCUGCACAACAUGAAAACCAGUCGGCUUCACUCAGUUCAGUUCGAUUAGGGGGACAUCCGUACCCCCUGCCAGGACAAGCUGAUGCAUUGCCUUUUCCUUCAGCUGCUCCACAUGCAGAUAUUAGUGAUGAUCCGCUGGGGCUGCCUGAUGUAGGGGGACAGCACUCCCCUGCUGUUGAUUUGGCAAAGGUAGAGAGCUCUUUAGAUGGUGAGCUUCCCCUUCUAAUACAGGAUCUGUUGGAGCACGAGAAGAAGGAACUACAGAAGCAGCAGCAGCAGCAACAGCAGCUCAGUUCCCUCCACCAGGGAGUUAUGGCGCCUCAUUUUCCUGGCCUCGCAAGUCAACAACAGCCAAACCCACAGGCACCUGGACAUAUAAUGCUGCCACAUCACCAUCGUCCACCACCCCAAGGAAUGAUGGCUCAGCCAGGAAUGGUUCCCCGUUCUCCGCACAUGUUGCAGCAGCAGCAGCAGCAGCAGCAGCAGCAGCAGCAGCAGCAGCAGCAGCAGCAGCAGCAGCAGCAGCAGCAAAGAAUAAUGGGAACUGGAAUGGCACCUCCACCUCACAUGAACAUGGCCCAGCAGCAAGCCAUGGUGAGGAUGGGGCAGCCAGGGAUCCAUACAGGAGUCAGUCAUCCACCGCAGCCAGGGGUAAAACCACCUCUGGUCAACAACUUCUUCCCAGAUAAAGAUUUAGACAAAUUUGCUACUGAUGACCUCAUGGAUCCCAUUGCCAAGGCAAAGGUGGUGGCACUUAAGGGUAUCAAGAGAGUGUUGGCACAGGAUCCAAUGGUUGUUCCCCCUGGCAUUAACAGGCAACAAGUUUCUCUGCUUGCUCAGAGGCUUUCCUCUGCCCCGGGCACAGAUCCAAAUCAACUUACAUCUGGACCUCCAAAGGAGGGAGAAACAAGUGAUCCUACCCAGUCAAGACCUAACCCUCCCCAAUUUGUGCAAGGAAUCAUCAAUGAUGCAGAACAGCACCAAUAUGAAGAAUGGCUUCUUCACACCCAGCAGUUACUUCAAAUGCAGUUGAAAUUUUUGGAGGAACAAAUUGGAGUUCACCGCAAAUCACGCAAGGCACUGUGUGCUAAGCAACGCACUGCUAAGAAGGCUGGCAGGGAGUUUGCUGAGGCAGAUGCAGAGAAACUAAAGUUGGUAACUGAAGAGCAGAGCAAAAUUCAGAAACAGCUUGACCAGGUACGUAAGCAGCAGAAGGAGCACACCAAUCUCAUUGCAGAGUACAGAAGCAAGCAACAACAGCAUCAGCAAAGCUCAGGUAUUCUUACCCCAGGUCAUUCUGCACAGGGGGCCCCUCCUCACAUGUUUCCCAAGAUGCCUAGCCAGAUGAUGAUGGGCCAACAGGGAACACCAGUAAUGGGCCAACAGGGAACACCAGUAAUGGGCCAGCACCCUGGUGUGAUUCCCCAAGGUGGAAUGCCCGUCAGGAUGCCCCAAGGGCAGCCUUUUAUUGGUGGACCCCAACCCCAGCUUCCUGCAGCUCUGGGAGCCAGUGGUGCCAGGGCUCCAGGUCCUCCUGGGGCUCCAACAGGAUUCUUCCCACAGGGGCCUGGAAUACAAGGUGCAGACCCCAGGCUUCUCCAAGAAAGACAGCUUCAACAUAGGAUGCAGAUGGCAAAGCUCCAGCAACAACAACAGCAGCAGCAGCAGCAGGUGAUGAUAGGCCAGCAACCGCUACCACACCCAAAUCAACAGCCUGGCUUAAUCGCUCAGCCACCGUCCGGCAUGAUGGGAAACCCACUUAUGGCCCAACAACAAGCAAACGCUCAACAGGGAAUGCUAGUCAACCAGGCCAAUCAGCUGAGCAUGGUGCAGGUUCCACAAGGAAUGGUUGGAGGCCAGUCUGUGGCUCCACUGCCACAGAACCUUGCAGGAGGCCAACCUAUGAACCAUGCUCAAGCCAUGAUGGCAGUUCAACCAGGGAUUAUGGCGAACCCACCAGUUGCAUCAUCACAACAACAGAGGCCUCAGUUGAUGAUGAGUCAGCAGGGAAUGGUUGGAUCUCCAGGUCAUCCUGGCCUCAGGGGUCCCCAGGGCCAAUUGACUCCACAACAACAGAACAUUCUGGCCCAACGCAUGCUUGCAUCUCAGCAACAACAGCAGCAGCAGCAAAAUGUUGCAAAGAAUUUGGCCCAUCUUCAGCAGCAGCAGCAGCUGGCACAGCAAAGACAACAAAUACAGUUGAUCAGUCAUUCCAACCAAGAACAAGGAGUGCUCUCCCAACCCUCUACCCCACAGAUGGGCUCCUUGCCUUCAGCAGGAAGUAUCACGCCCCAGCCACAGGGAUGUACAGACAACCAGAACUCAGGCCCCAAAGAGGGUGGGAUCCUCAGCCCUGAUUCAAGAACUCCACCACAGCAGAGUGGACCCUCCACACCCAAUCAGAUGUCCCAACUAGGCCCUGCAAAUGAUCAUCAAACUGACUUGGGGCGACAACAAUUACAACAGCAGCAGCAGCAUCAAAACCAGAUUUAUAUGACCCAGCAGCAACAAUCAAAUCCUCAAUCUGUACCUGAGCAACAAACAGGUUUGGUUGGAAACCAACAAACUGGUGUUCUUCAGCAACAUCAGCAACAGCAUCCACUCACUCUUCAGAGGCAAGGUUCCAUCGGUGUUGACAAGCCCAUUUUGAUGACCGUUAAAGAGGAAGGGAAACCAAUUGAUUUCUUAUCUCAGCAGCAACAACAGCAAACUGUUCAAAAUGCCAUGCAGCAACCACAAGAUCCCAACAUCCAGCAGCAGAUCAUAAGCCAGAACCAUCCUGGCCAGCCACAGCCUGUUGUGAUGGGCCAUACUCCACAACAACAACAAGCCCUAAUGGCCCAGCAGCAAAAGCAACAGGCCAUGAUGGGCAUGAUGAGAGCCCAACAGCAAGGGAUGAUUGCACAGAGGCCUGUGGUUCCACCUGGACAGAUCCGCACCCCUAUCAACAUCCAGGCCAUUAUUGCUCAGAAUCCUCAGCUACGCAAUCUUCCCCCAAACCAGCAGAUACAGCACAUCCAGGCCAUGAUUGCCCAGAGGCAGCUCCAGCAGGGACAGAUGCUGCGGAUGUCAAUGGGUCAAGGCCCACAAGGUCAGUUGAGGCCUCACAUGCCACCAGGACAGAUGCCACAGGUUGUGCAGCAGAUGCCAUAUGGAGCCAUGGGGAAGCCAGGAGCAGUAGGCACUCAGCAACAAUCGGGCAUGUUGGGCCAACAACCAAGUGUUGCUCCCCAGAUGCAGCAAGGGAUGAUGGUCCCUGGGCAACAACAGCCACAAGUAGGGGAGAUGAUGCAGCAACAUAUUAUGAGAGGCCAGGUACCAGUGCCGCCUUCCCCCAUGGACCAGGGCCGUAUGGUAAGACCAACAUCUCCACGUCAGCCAAUAGCCAACUCUCCUGGGCACCCAUUUAAUCAAGCUAUGGGGAUGCGCCCACCCACUCCUAACCAGAACCAACAAGUACUAAUGGCAGCUGCAGCAGGCCGCAUGCAGGGUUCUCCAUCUCAUGCAUAUUCACCAAGAGGUCCCUUCGGCAUGAGCCCGGCCCACCCGGCCUCACCUCAUUCCUCCCAUGUCUCCUCACCUUCUAUAGCUGACAGUAGGGCUGGAAGGGGGAGUCCGUACAGCCAUAUCAAGGCAUCUCCACUCAGGUCACCUGGAGCCAAGAGUCCGCUUGAUUGUCCAGGAAUGAAAAUAGAAGCUCAGACAUCAGGCAAUGAAACAUGUUACUCAGCGUCAGUUAUCCCCAAUGGUCCACAGAAAGGCAUGAAUGUCCAGCAACAGUUGCAGCAGGUCACAGAGAGCCUUGGUCCUCACACACAACAUGGCUCUAGAGUAGGAGAGAUAUGCAAGAUGACCCUACAGAACAUUAAACAGGAACCAAGGGAGGUUCAGUGUGAUGGUAUGCCAGAGGCUCAUCCUGGGGCUAUAAAGCGAGAAGCAACGGGUGAGGCAAUUUCUUCUGCAAACAACACUAGCUUUAUUAAUGCUGGAAACAUGGCUGGGGAUCCUGGGACUCAAGGCCCUCGUACUGAAACGGGACAGCAACUAUUACAGAAACUCCUGAGAACCAAGAACCUUCAGCUUGGUGCUCAGAGGCCCUCUGAAGGCAUCCACAAUGAAAUCAAUGGCCACAUUAACAGCAAACUAGCAAUGCUGGAACAAAAACUUCAAGGGACGCCACGAAAUAUGGAGGAUUUACAGUCUAUAACAAAAAGGGCUCCUGCUCAAAAGCCAAAGCGCACUAAUAAGGCAGCUGGAGACAGAGGGCCUAAUGCACGGAAGAAAAAUAAGAAGGAAGAAGUUGGUAAAAGUGCUGAAGCCCUAAUAAAGCAACUCAAACAGGGUCUCUCACUACUGCCUCUGAUGGAGCCUUCAAUCACUGCCAGUCUGGAUCUCUUUGCCCCUUUUGGAAGCAGCCCAGCCAAUGGCAAAACCCAGCUCAAAGGAUCUUUUGGAAAUGCAGUGCUGGACAAUAUCCCCGACUAUUAUUCUCAGUUGCUCACAAAGAGUAACCUCAGCAACCCACCAACACCUCCAUCCUCUCUGCCACCUACUCCUCCACCUUCAGUACAGCACAAGCUGCUGAAUGGGGUGACUCCUGGGGAGGAGCUGUCUGAGGGUCAGAAAGACACAGAGACAGCAGAAGAGCCAAUGGAUUCUGUUAAAGAGGAGGUGAAAAGUGUAGACAUUCUGGCAGCUCUCCCCACUCCACCACAUAACCAGAAUGAGGACAUCAGGAUGGAGAGUGAUGACGAGGACGCUCCAGAAAGCAUCAUCCCAGCAUCAUCCCCUGAGAGUAACGUCGGAGAUGAAACGCCACGUUUCCCUCACCUACGGGAGCCUAAAGAGGAGGAGAUAGAGAGAGCAAUAUCCCCCAUCAUCCCCCUCAUACCUCGCACUGCCAUCCCAGCAUUCCCAGAAAACAAACCAUUUGAAGCAACCGAUGGCAAGAUAGUUUCCACAUCCAACCAAUGGGACAAGGCCAAAAACAACGAAGUGUCUGUUACCUUCACACUGUCCUCUGCUGCAGCCAAGAAACUGAACCACGUCAUGUUGGCCAUGGCCCAGCUGCUUAAUAUUAGGAUGCCAGGUUCUUAUGAAGUGACUUUCCCUCCCCAAAACCCUGACGUGCCUGGAGUGGAUGGGCCUGGAAAAGGACCCGAGCAGUCGGGGGCUCUGUGUACAAAAGAUGGUGCUUCACCCAGUCAGGAUGAGUGGCUCAGGCAAUUUGAUGUCUCUCUACCAGGCUGUACGUUGAAGAAACAAGUGGACAUUCUGGCUCUUAUUAAACAGGAAUUCCCAGACAGAGAAGACAAACCGGCUCAGCACUGUUACACAACCAAAGUCUCUGACUUGGAUGUGCGCCACCUUCCUGCUAUACCAGUGGAAGAAUCUCCACCCCCAUCACCAUCCCCUCCACAUCGUCCCCCAUCUGUCCCAGUUCUAAUCAGUGAAGCUGAACCCUCAAAAAAAUCCACUUCUCCAUCCCCGACUCCCUCCAGUCCCACCAUUGUCCAGAUCAAGACUGAGCCUGAACAGGAUGAUGGUCCUUCUAUUGAUGCUACUCAACCAACUGAUGUCACAGAAUCUAAAGAGGUUGCUCCAGAAUCUAAAGAUGUUGCUCCAGAAUCUAAAGAUGUUGCUCCAGAAUCUAAAGAUGUUGCUCCAGAAUCUAAAGAUGUUGCUCCAGAAUCUAAAGAUGUUGCUCCAGAAUCUAAAGAGGUUGCUCCAGAAUCUAAAGAGGUUGCUCCAGAAUCUAAAGAGGUUGCUCCAGAAUCUAAAGAAGUUGCUCCAGAGUCUAAAGAAGUUGCUCCAGAAUCUAAAGAAGUUGCUCCAGAAUCUAAAGAAGUUGCUCCGGAAUCUAAAGAAGUUGCUCCAGAAUCUAAAGAAGUUGCUCCAGAAUCUAAAGAUGUUGCUCCAGAGUCUAAAGAUGUUGCUCCAGAGUCAUUUACUGAUCCAAAAACUGCCUCUGCAGCUUCAGAUCCUACUACUCCUACUGAAGACCGUCUGAGUCCUGCUAUCAAGGAGGAGGACUUGGCCACUGAUGUAGCCCAACCUCCUAAAGAUUCUCCAAACAUUGAGUCUUCCCCAAAGGCUGUCAAGCAGCGCAGGCCUCUCUCCCCUGAUGAGGUAAUACAUCCCAAAAUGAAAAAAUGGAAGGGGAUUCGUUGGAAACGUCUUCAGAUUGUCAUCACAAUACGUAAGGGUGGGUCUAAGAAAGAAAGCAGCCGUGAGGUGUCUGAGCUAAUGGAACGCCUCCGCAUUACUCUUCGACCAGACAGGCUGCCUCGUGAUAAACGUAAAUGCUGCUUCUGCCAUGAGGAAGGCGAUGGAGCCACAGAUGGGCCUGCCCGGUUGCUUAACAUUGAUGUGGACUUGUGGGUGCACCUCAACUGUGCCCUGUGGUCCACAGAGGUGUAUGAGACACAGGGGGGUGCCCUUAUCAAUGUGGAGGUAGCACUCCGUCGCGGAUUGCGGACUCUUUGCGCAUACUGCCAGAAAACAGGUGCCACAAACAGCUGCAACAGAAUGCGAUGCCCGAAUGUCUACCACUUUGCCUGCGCCAUCCGGGCACGGUGCAUGUUCUUUAAGGACAAGACCAUGUUGUGUACCCAACAUAAGCUAAAGGGCCCCAGUGAAGACGAACUCAGCAUGUUUGCUGUUUUACGGCGCGUCUACAUUGAGCGUGAUGAGGUAAAGCAGAUAGCCAGCAUCUUACAGCGAGGUGACCGUAUCCACCUGUUCCGUGUUGGUGGUCUCAUCUUUCAUGCUGUUGGCCAGUUGCUACCAUCCCAGAUGGCCAACUUCCACUCACCCACUGCCAUCUUCCCUGUUGGCUAUGAGGCCACACGCAUCUACUGGAGCACGCGUGUGCCCAACAAACGCUGUCGCUACCGCUGCCGCAUCAACGAGGAUGACAGUCGCCCCCUGUUCGAGGUGCGUGUUCUGGAGCAUGGCAUGGAGGAUUUGCAGUACCGUGACACUACUCCAGAGGGAAUCUGGGAGCGGGUGGUUCAGCAGGUGGCUAAACUCCGAGACGACUCAUCUAUGUUGAAGCUGUUCACUGAACAUGUCAAGGGAGAGGAGAUGUAUGGCCUCACUAUUCAUGCUGUCAUGCGUAUCACUGAGUCGUUGCCUGGAGUGGAGAACUGCCAGAACUACCAGUUUCGAUACGGCCGUCAUCCUCUGAUGGAGCUCCCUCUUAUGAUCAAUCCUACUGGCUCGGCUCGUUCUGAACCCAAAGUCCCCACACAGUGCAAGAGGCCUCACACUCUAAAUAGCACCAGCGUGUCAAAGGCCUACCAGAGCACCUUCACUGGAGAGCUCAACACACCAUACAGCAAGCAGUUUGUCCACUCCAAGUCGUCCCAGUAUCGACGCCUGAAGACCGAGUGGAAGAAUAACGUGUAUCUGGCACGAUCCCGCAUUCAGGGCCUGGGUCUGUACGCUGCUAAGGAUUUGGAGAAGCACACCAUGGUCAUUGAGUACAUUGGCACCGUCAUACGCAAUGAAGUAGCCAAUCGCCGUGAGAAGAUCUACGAGGAGCAGAACCGUGGGAUCUACAUGUUCCGCAUCAACAAUGAGCAGGUGAUUGAUGCCACUCUGACAGGAGGCCCAGCUCGCUACGUCAACCAUUCCUGUGCCCCGAACUGUGUUGCAGAAGUUGUAACAUUUGACAAAGAAGACAAAAUUAUCAUCAUUUCCAGCCGCAGGAUCCCCAAGGGAGAAGAGCUGACCUACGAUUACCAGUUUGAUUUUGAGGACGAUCAGCACAAGAUCCCUUGCCAUUGUGGAGCCUGGAAUUGCCGAAAGUGGAUGAACUAACCAGAAGAAAGAAAAAUGGAGAAUUCCCCUCUCACUGGUGCCAGAACACUCCUGCGCCAAAGCCUUUGAAAUCCUACAUAGCCAGUGCAUAAGCUGUUCUGAAAGAUGUGGAGGAAGGCCGGCCUCCGUCAUUGAAAGACUCAAGCGUUGACACCUGUAGCCAAAGGUUUGAAGAGCAUUAAUCAAUAAAAGCAACCGACCACCUCCAUCAACAGCAGCUUGAUGGUGGGACUAACUUUCAUGUUUGGACUAGUGAAUCACCGUUUCCUCAGCCAAAACCCUUUCCCCCCUCGACUGUUCUCAAUAAUCUUACAGUGGCUGGAAAACAAUCCUCAACAUCUACCAAAUGAUUAUGACCCUCAGAUAUCAAUACUUGUAGUGCAGAGCUCCCCUGGAGCUUCGACAAAAAGCCAUUUUAAAAUACUAAGAAUGAACUAAUGAUGCAUUUUUAUGUUUUAAGUCGGACCUAUUUCCUGUCCCAUCUGACCACACCUCCCCCUCAUCUCCCAGAAAAGGCACUUUCCCAUCAAGUCAUCAAUGAAGACAACACGGAUAUUGGCUAGCUAGACAAUCUUGAUGUGGCUCUGUGUAAGAACUACAUAUGAUUGAUGGAAAAAGAAAAGAUGAAGUUAAUAUAAAAUUUGAGAUGCUAUUGAUCUGUGGCUCCAGUGGCACCAGAUGUUCUGACUGUGUGGAGUCCCAAGGUGGGUUAGUUGGACCCAGUCUACCUCAUUGAUUUAGCGGGAAGUGACUGCUUUGUAUAAAAACUGUUAACUGCUACUGUGGAACGGGGGGGAAAGGGGGAAUGUUUUUAUGGGCUAAGCCUUCUCGGACAAGCAGGGAAUCUUAAGCAGCAGGUUUGCGCUAUCUACUCUAUGCUGAUGAUGAUUUACAAUAAUGAGCCAACAUAAUUAUUAUUCAUGAAUUGUUUAUACAGAGGAAAUAUAUGACAGUUUUGAUAAGAUAUUGCAUUAAAAAUCACAAUCAGAAGCUUAGCAGGUGUCUUGUAUGCCACCAAAUCCUCCUGGAUAUUGAUGUAGCUUUUUCCUUUUUUUGUUUUGUUUUUAUUUAUGCGUCUCAAAAACCAUGUUAUCAGCUGUGUGAAAGCACAAUAACAUCCACCUUUUUAAGUUGCUUAAAGACUGUAAUGGUGUGAGUGAAUGGCUCUAGGAUCACAGGACAUGCAGUCUUUGAAGAAGACUACAGAGUCCGAAAUUAACCAAUUACUCAUUUGCUUGUUGCUUCAUACAUUGAAUUUCCACUUGAAAACCAGCUGGUGGAUGCAUGACUACUGUCCCAUGAAAUGCUUUUAUUCUCCCCACAACUCAACCUUGAACUUUGAAUCAUGCCUCUUCCUCUCUGUAUUAUUUAGUGGACUGUUGUUAAACUUUACUGUAGUAAGUCUUCCUCUGCCUGAGUAUGGCCUGCAGUGUUUCUACUUCCCCUGUAGUGUGCUUUUCUAGUGCUGGUACUGUCCUCUCAAGGCUGAACUGAUGGCAGGGAAAGACUUAUUGGAAAAAAGGGCAUUUGUUUUCAUUUCUUUGUAAGAUGAAUGAAAAAAGUCUUUAAAGGGAGCUUUACUAAAACUCCACCUUCCCAUACUACUUUGUUUCCUCCUUCCCCUAACCUAAGACCUCACAUGAUUUAAAAAUGCAAAGUUGUACAAACUGUAUAUAUAGUAUAUGCAUUAGGGGACAGCAACUCUUUAUCAAGCCCCUUUGUAAUCAAUAAAGUCAAAAGUGUAGAGAAAUAAAAUUGAAAGAAAUCAACCACUGGAUAUCAUUUUAACAAAGAUAAAGCUGUAUAUAAAUAUAAAUAAAAUGGCAAACUAAUAUCUUUAUGUAUAUGAACCAGAGUGUUUUGCAUUUACCUGUUUUUCUAUUAGUGUUUUUGCUAUAAGCUCUCAGAGAAAAGUUUGUUAAAAUAGGUUUGACAACAAUGUCUGGUCUUCUCCAAUCAAUUGCGACGAGAAGCCGGUGUGAUUACAAAACUGUUUGGAUUCAUGUGGAGCGUCGUUAAUUAGACAUGAAAAUCACUUCUUGCGUAAAGCAGUACAAUGGUGCAUAGCAUUUGUAUUUAUGUAAUAUUGUUCGUGUUUCUUUUUAUUUUUAUUUAUGCUACUGCUUGUUGAUUACCAAAACCUGUCCCUUAAUCGGUCACAAUUGGAUUAAUAUACUCUUGAAUGGAAAAUCUUGAAUUCCCUAGAAUAUUGUUAGUGUUUCGCUUUUUUAUAUCUUCCCUAUAGAAGUGAAUGUGUUGGUAAACCUUGUGAAAUGGUUUCUUGGCCUAAUGUAUGUUAUGAUGUAAUACUCAAAGUUAAUCCCAUACUUAACCUGGUAAUGAAUUGCACUCUCAUAGUAUAACGGAGAACUUCUCUAAAGUGGUAGAUAUUGAUCAAGUAUCCGAAGCAGUGAUAUAUAUAUUUUUUGGUAUGUUUCUAUUUCAAGGGAAGACCAUGACGAGACAUUAUGCCGCUCACUGGAUUUUAGCCUGAAUAAUUUUUAACUUCUCUGAAACUUAAUUUUAAGUUCUCUGCAUAUCUUAUAAUUUAAUAAAGUUUGCUCAAAUUGAAGGUUUUUUUUAACCUCACCUACUUUAUAAAAAGAUGUUGCAUCUGUACAGCAGAGAUACUUUUAGGGAAUAUGAAUAAAUAUAAUGAUAAUUUUUAUUGUAUGUGGCAUGUUUUGUAUGGAUAUUAUUUUGAAUUGUACAUAUUUUUUUCAGGACGCCAGAGGUUGCAUCUCUUUAUAUACAGCUUUCCCACUCCUUUCCCCCUUCAUCUUAUUUCUUUGUCUGCUUUUUUCUUGUAAAGGAAAAUAAAAUGCAUUUUAAAUAUG